GGGACGCUCGUUCAACAACAACAGCUGGUCAGACACCUCGGUAGCUUUCUAGCAAACAUAGCUACAACAUUCAUGAUUUUUACACUUUGUUGGUGUAUAUUAGUCGCUGUGUUUUAAACAGACUUCUGUCAUGUGUACUUGUUGGCCCAUUUAAUUAUAUAUUUACGUUGUUUGUCAGCUAGCUGGUUUGCUAAGUUAACUUAGAACUAGGCUAGUCGCUAAUGCUAGCGAGCUAACAUCCUCGAACAUGAGUUCACUAAGCUACUCUCCUGUUAAAGAGGAGGUCUGCUGGACGGAGAAAGAAGCUCUCGUGAAAGAGGAGGAGGAAGAGAAGGCUGUUACAAUACAAAAACAAGUAGAGGGUGAGGCUGUUACAGUGAAAGAAGAAGAGAAAGACGUUUCAGUGAAAGAAGAGGAAGACUCGUUCAGAGUGAAAGAGGAGGAGGAUGUUACAGUAAAAGAAGAGGAGGAAGCCGUUUUGGGAGUGAAAGAGGAGGAGAUGACUGUCAAAUUGGAAGAAGAAGAGGAGGUUGGAGAUCUGUUUAACACCAGAGAGAGAUGUGACUGUCGUGGAUUCUCUUGGGAGCCUCAACUACAUCGUGAUGCUAACGAGGCAGAGAAGAUUCUUUCCAGAUCAGAACACCUCAAGAAACCCCAGCAGAGACUCACAGGGAAGAAGCCUCACUGCUGCUCUGACUGUGGGAAACAUUGCAAAUGUUCAUCAGAACUAAAAAUACACCAGCGAGUACACACAGGAGAGAAGCCUUAUAGCUGUGAUCAAUGUGGGAAGAGUUUUACUACGUCUUCCAAUCUGACUAAACACCAGAGAAGACACACAAAAGAGAAGCCUUAUAGCUGUACUCAAUGUGGGAAGAGUUUUGUUAUGUCUAACUAUCUGACUUUACACCAGAGAACACACACAGGAGAGAAAUCUUAUAGCUGUGAUCAAUGUGGGAAGAGUUAUGUUACAUCUAGCUCUCUGAAGGUACACCAGAGAACUCACACAGGAGAGAAACCAUUUAGCUGUACUCAAUGUGGGAAGACUUUUACUACAUCAAGCUCUCUGAAGGCACACCAGAGGACACACACUGGAGAGAAACUUUAUAGCUGUAAUCAAUGUGGGAAAAGUUUUACUCGGUCAAGCUCCCUGAUCAUGCACCAGAGAACACACACAGGAGAGAAACCAUAUAGCUGUAAUCAUUGUGGGAAGAGUUUUACUCAGCCAAAUGGACUGAUAUUACACAAGCGGACACACACAGGAGAGAAACCAUAUAGUUGUACUCAAUGUGGGAAGAGUUUUAUUCAGGCAAGCUGCCUGAAAGUACACCUGAGAACACACACAGGAGAGAAACCGUACCACUGCUCUGACUGCGGAAAAAGUUUUAUUAGCUUAAGUGAUUUAAAAUCACACCAGAGAACACACACAGGAGAGAAACCACCAUAUAGCUGUACUCAAUGUGGGAAGAGUUUUAUUCAGUCAAGCUCCCUGAUAGUGCACCAGAGAAUACACACAGGAGAGAAACCUUAUAGCUGUACUAAAUGUGAGAAGAGUUUUACUCAGGCAAGCUGCCUGAAAGUACACCUGAGAACACACACAGGAGAGAAACCUUACCACUGCUCUGACUGCGGAAAGAGUUUUGUUAGAUCAAGUGAUUUAAAAUCACACCAGAGAACACACACAGGAGAGAAACCACCAUAUAGCUGUACUCAAUGUGAAAAGAGUUUUAAUCAGUCAUGCUCCCUGAUAUCACACCAGAGAACACACACAGGAGAGAAACCUUAUAGCUGUACUCAAUGUGGGAAGCGUUUUACUCAGUCAAGCGGCCUGAUAGCACACCAGAGAACACACACAGGAGAGAAAUCUCAUAGCUGUCAUCAAUGUGACAAGAGAUACUCUGUUAAAAGAUCUCUGAUCAAACAUCAGAAAAUACAUACAUGAAGGAGUUGUUUUAAUAAUCUCACAGUGUAGAAUGUUUUAACAUUGAAGUAUGAGUAUUUUAAUAAUGUCACAAUGUAGAACCCUAAACGUUUGCCCCAUGUUCUAUUGAUUUCAGCAUGAUAUGGAUAUUAGCCUCAUGGAAAAAUACAAGCUCUGACUUGAAAGAGUACUAUUUAUGUGAUUUAACAAAAAGUGAAUAACAAAAAAAGAGUUGUGUUGCACUUCCCACAUUGGUGACCCACUUGAAUCAAAAUGCAUCACUUCAAAAUGUACAAAUUGUCCUCUAACCAGUGAUGUACACAUUAUUUCCAGAUUCUGUUUGGUUUUCGAGCUGUUAGUUUUAACAGGACAUGCAACCUCAUCUCCCUCCUCUUGCACAAUUGAUUUCAACAUGAUAUCGAUUUGGUGAUGACAAAUAAGUGUUGCGUUCCUUUAUUUAGCGACCCCUAAAUUUAAAUGCAUCACUCCAAAUUGUAGCUGACUCUCUUCUGCAGGUUGUCCUCUCACUAGUGAGAUAAAAGAUAUCUCCCAUUUCCAUGUUUUUUUUAGUUGUUUUAGUUUCAACAGCACAAACAACCUGAUUUCCACCCUCAUCGAUAUCAGUAGUUUAUUGCUACUUGUUGGAGAUGAGUUUGAAUGGGCUCGUUCCAAGUGGUUGUGAGUUCAAUAACAAGUGAGUAAUAGGAAGAAGACAGUCAGAAGCUAGUGGGGAGAAGAAAAAAAAUGUAUAUUUAAAAAAUAAAUGGUUGACAGCCAGUAGACACCAUGUUUAUAUUGGUGAAGCAUUGUAGUUGAUUAUAAAGUGAAAUGGAAGUUGUUUUCUGUUGGUGGUAAGCAUUCUCUUACAGUGUUACAAAUGUUUGUUUUUUUAUGUUUUGAGGUUGGACUUUAGCACGUCUAGCUCGUUAGCACGUCUAGCUCGUUAGCACGUCUAGCUCGUUAGCACGUAGGACGCACUGAUUGGUUUCACCUCGUAAGUCGGUAUGUGUUACACCUGUGCUGGUUGUCCAUCUCGUUAUUGGGAAGGUGUUUCACCUGAGCUGGUCCAGGUUCUACUUAAGAGUGUCUGGCCCCGUCUGUAAGUUUGUUGUGGGUUUUUCUUUUGUUUGCCUCUUCUCGGGCAGAUUUAGUGGGUGACUUUUAUUUCCCAGUUGUUGUUACUAGUCAACAUUCAGUGGACACAGAGCAAAAAUGCAAGAUUAUGUUAAUAAAACAGAAUAGAGGGUUUUUAUAACUAUUGUGUCUGUGUGUUCUACUGAGGAAGGGCCUCUGGGAGAUAAUACUGACAGGAGAUUCACAAUGUCUUUUGGGUGAUAAAACCUAAGAGACCGCAUUCCAGGUUAUGAGUUAAUGCUUCUGUUCUAUAUGGUACCAGGGAGAGAUGACCCCAGGGCCAGACCCUGGUCUCUACAGAAAGGGUACUGUUUUUACAGCAGAUACUGUCUGCUGAGAAUUAUAAAUAUCUUUCAUACAAAUCUUAACCUUGUGACCCGUUCUAAACAACUGUUGUUCGUCAUGUAGGUUGAAAGGGGUGUUUCUUGGCUGUAAAAUACCUUUGUACUUUUGUAUCGGGGCUCUCAAUGAAUCAUCUGGGGGUGAUUCGUCGACCAGCCAUCAUUACCGUAGAGCACUCAAUUGAUUAACUUUAUAUUUGUGUGUUGUAUUGACCUGCUCCCUUAUUAAUAAGUGAAUAAAGGUUUAGUUUAAGAAUAAUUCUGACUUGUGCGAUAAGUUUGUCUUCUCGUUUGAUAUUAAAAAAAUUAACAACCACAUUUGGCGAUGGGGGAUGUGAAUCUUGUUGGGGAAUAAUCAGAAUUGGUUGGUAACAUAGGUAAGAUGUUUUAUAUUCAUCAUAUGUUUGUUUGUUACUUCUCAUCGGAAUGUUAUUUUUGUAUAAUACUGUGGCGGGGUUGCAGUAUCUGUUCUAUGUCAAGACUAAGUUGCUUGGGCCGUGUCUGUGUCUGUGUGCCAGUCAGUGUGUCUCUGAUCUUGUCAAGAUAGGAUGGAUUUGAUAUAUGCCUGUUGAUAUGGAGGAUUGGUUUAUGGUUCUGAGUUUGAGAAAAUAACAUAGUUUAGGAGACAAGCUGAACGAUAAAUUAUGCCUAUGCUGUCUCACUAUGUGUCUUUGCUAUAAAGGAUCUCAGUUGAAAUGUGUGAGGUGCUCUCAGAGAAUUCAUUGAUAGACACUGAAUUGAUCUGAGAGUCACAGGGUUGUGAUAGAGCUCAUAUAAUUAAAGAUGGACUUUGAUAACUAA